AUGGCGGCCACGUCAGUUCCUCUGUAUUCUCCGUCUUCACAACCUCCUUUGGAUAUGGAGGUAGAUCCACCGGUGGACGAGUUUUCGUUUGGCCCUCCAAUGAGUCAAGAUGCCUCCAUGUACUCUGGAUCCAUUGAGGCGCAGGAGGAAUUCAUGGAAAGCGGUCGGAAAGACGACGCGAGUGGAGGCCCUCGGUACAGAUUUCCUUUCUAUUCGCAAAUUUUUAACAAGAAAAACUACGACUGGCUCUUAGAGGUGGAUGAAAGCGGCGACGAUUUUAACAAGCCACUACUGUAAGUACACUUUUGAACAGGAAUUAACUUUUUUCUUAGCAGAAGAAUUGUAGAAGAACACAAAUUAUAUAUUAUAUGUAGUUGGAGUUAGCUAGUUCUUAAUAUGAGCUGUUGUUGGUUCAAGUGGGUUCGACAUGUUUCUCCUUUAAUCAGCUGUUAUUGUGGGUGACUGCAUACACCACCAUCGUUCAGGUUUUGAAUUAUUCUCCUUGACCUUGCCUUGCACUUAAACAAGAGCAAGGGAAUUGACUGGAAAUCACUGUGAAGCUCAUACCCGAGCAAUGUUUAAUAAGCGUAAACAUUAAUUUCAGACAAUUUAUUUAAUAUGCUUUUUUCCUGCAAUCAUACUCAGAAGUACAAAACCAGCAGGACCUUACAAAACCAAUUGUUCAUCAGAAUGAAAAAUACAACAAGGAAACCAAUUAACAAAGUCUGUCUUUAGUUACAAGAAUGUUACCCUGUAAUAUUGAAUGGGGUCCAUUUUGAGGGAUGGAACUUACAAUUUAGUAAAAAGAGUUUUUCUUGUGCAUAACUGCAUUUUACAAAUUACAUCAUAAAAUAUUUUCAGUGGAAUUUUUGUUCUAUACCAGUCCCCGUGGAUAGUGAUUUAUCCGGUGGAUAGCGUUAUCCACCUUUUUAACAAUCAGGCCGCGGUUGUUCAAACAUUGGAUAGCGCUAUCCACAGGAUAAAAAUCUAUCCAAUGGAUAGGGCAGUUGGUUUCCCUAAUACUUAUCUGCUGGAUAGUGAUUUAUCCGGUGGAUAGCGCUAUCUAACAUUUGAACAACCGGGACCAGGUGUACAAUAAUCGUUAAGGUUGGAUAUGUCCCUAUAUGCAUGAAUGUGAUAACAGUAAUAUUGUCAUCAAUAUUCUGUCAUCUUGACAGGUAAUAAUGUUGGUAUUGCCUUGUAAUAAUAUUUACUGUGUUUUUCCAGUGAAGAACUUGACAUUGACUUGCAAGAUAUCUACUACAAGGUGCGUUGUGUUGUGUUUCCAAUUCCGUCACUGGGAUUCAAGAGAGAUGUGCUUAGAGACAGUCCAGACUUCUGGGGCCCUUUGCUUGUUGUGGUUGUAUAUGCAAUGCUGGCAUUAUUGGGACAAUUUAAGGUUAGUUAAUAAUUUUUUAGUCAACAUUAGGGAACUUAAGCAACGAAAACAGCUAAAAAGCAAUGGGUUUAGAUUGGCAAAACAACAACUUUGCACAUGCAUGACGCGUUUUUGUACAUUUCUUAGCCGUCGUUACAUGACUAUGACAUGAAAGUGCCUACAUGUAAUUUAACGUUUUGUCGAAGACAGGACCACAAGACAACAGCUUUGUUUUUCUUAACUUGAACUUUGAUGGAGUCCUUUGGAAUUCAACUCCAAAAAAAUUUGCCAACAUUUGACGAAUUAAACAAGAUGGAACAAGCGCGAUAAAGUCUUAAGCAGCGCAAAUUCACUUUUCAAGUGAUGUCUUUGUAUAAUAAUAAGAAAAGGGGCAAUGUCAUCAUAGAGUAGUGAUUAAUAUUAUUACACUCAGUAGGUGUACAUUAUUUUGAUUUCAUUGACAUAUUUCUCUUGGUUUACCUUGGCUGAUAAGGCUUAGAGGAGGGGGGGGGUGUGUCAGUUAUGGCAUACAUGACCUUAACAGGGCUCGCAAUUAGCUUAUCCAUUGAAGCAUCAGCUGGCGUGGCAACACAAAAGAACACAGAAUAAAUUUACUGACCACUGAGUUAUUGACUUGACAGGUUGUCUCCUGGAUAAUAACAAUAUGGCUGCUGGGAUCCCUCAUUAUUUUCUUGCUGGCCAGAGUGCUGGGAGGAGAAGUAAGUUUUCAGAAUUGAUUACUAAAUAAAAGUACUGGUGUUUCAUGCCAUAACACACAUAUUUAUAUUGUUUGGAGAUAAGUGAUGUUUGCCACACUUGGUGCUUGAAGACUACCCACAAUGUUACAGUACAGACCCAUUCAAAAUAUACUUAAUGGUUUUGUUACAUUUCAGGUAAACUACUCUCAGUGCUUGGGAGUGAUUGGCUACUCACUUAUUCCGCUUGUUCUGACUGCUGGCGCUCUGCCUUUGGUGCAUUAUUUUCCCAUGGUUAGCUUCAGUGUCAAGGUAAUUAACAAAAAUUCGCUCAAGCAAAAAAUUGUUGUUCUGCCAAGGCUGCAGCUGAACUUUUAACCAUUGGUGAUGAUUUUGCUCAAAUUGGAACACAAAUCAAACCUUUGAAAAAAAACCUAGGGUUUCAAAAAAACUGUAAAAAAAUCUCUGGAACAAAACUUAACCCAGCUCCAAUAAUUUCCAAGUGCCUUAUUUGCAGAACUAUGCAGCAAGGAUACAUAAGCAUCACCAGAAAUCUCCAGAUGCUUUUCAAUUCCCACAAAACAACUUAAAUCAAGCCACACACACACACACACAACACAAAUUUUCAAAUAAUUUCCUGCCCAGUGUAAGAAACCCAGGAAUUGAAAAUUUGAAGCCCAGAGAUUCUACAAUCACCCCUGUCACUUGAAAUCCAGAGUACCCCCCCCCCCCCCCCCUUCCUUGCUCUUCAGUUAGUGCUUCAACUCUACUUUGGACAGUGUGGUGAGCUCAUUUGCCUUUUUAGAUAAAUCUCAUAGUCCAGAUCUUAGACAAGAAUACCGUAAAAUUCCGAAAAUAAGCCCGUCCAUGUAUAAGCCCCUCCAAAUAUAAGCCCCCCAAACCGGUAAGGCAAAAAACCCUCCAUUAAAUCGCCCCUCCAAAUAUAAGCCCCCCGGGGGCUUGUACUUGGAAAAUUGCCCUCAAAUACAAAGUAAAACAAAGCAAAAACGGUAAAUUUACUUCCAACUAUAAGGAUAGCCCAAUCGAUUUUGAAAUGCAAAUUUCCCCCCGUAUAUAAGCCCCUCCGAACAUAAGCCCCUCCAAAAAUAAGCCCCUCAGAAAGGGCCUUUGAAAAAUGUAAGCCCCGGGGCUUAUUUUCGGAAUUUUAUGGUAUGUUCUUUAUUCAUGUUGUAUCAGAUGCUGGGCAAAAAAUGUUUGUCCCUGAGGAGGUUUAACAAAGAACCUAGAACCAGAUGGUCUCCUUGAGGCCUAAAAACUGAUCUGUUGCUAUGUUUGUUCUGGGAUUCUCUCAUGUGAAUGGCCUACAUUGUAUCUUGUCAGGUGCAAUAAUGACAUUUUAAAAUUCUGCUGAGCUCUAAAGACACAGAGCUUGGUUUCAAAGUGUUAACUUCUUGCUUCAUUAUACUCUCAUAAUGUUUUCUUCAAAUAUCCUGUCCUAGGGAACAAUCACAAUAUUAUUUGUUUUUGUUGAAAGCAUCAUCAUGGUAACAUCCAUUUAAUGUUUUUUCCACUUCAGCUGUUUGGUGUGGUUUGGGCAUCAUACAGCGCAGGAUCUCUCCUCAUACAAGAUGAACUCAAGAACAAAAGACUCUUACUUAUGUACCCAAUAUUACUACUGUAUAUCUACUUCUUUUCUCUGUAUACUGGUGCAUGA